CCCACCCAAGCCCUGGAGCUGGGAGGAUGAGCUGGAGGCAGGGAGAUGGAUAACCUUGUGACCUCGUGUGGGUCUGAGAUGCUUCAGAUCAGGCUCUGAGGGAAGGUGGGUCCCUGAAACUGGCUGAGUGCAUCUUAGGGAGCAAGUGCGUGUGAUGUCAUCCCAGGAAUGCAGUGAAGGCUCAGCUGUGCUGCCGAGGAACCUGUGAGGAGUCACAACACUGGCUGCUGUAAUUGGAGGCACCGAGGAUGGGCAGGGAGGGGGCCUGAGACAAGGUGGGCAGGAAGGGAAGGGCUGGCCCAGAGGAGGUGCUGCUCUCUCUCCCCGAUUCUCCACUGUCCGCAGCUGCUCCACCUCCACAUCUCUGGAGUUGGCCCUUGUCCGCUGCCAUCAGAGAGCCCCGCUGCCAUGACGGACACGCCAGUCGAGGAAUCCCUCUUCCAAAUCAUCCACAGCUACCACCAGUACGCGGCCCGGGAGGGGGACGUGGAGACCCUGUCCCUGGAGGAGCUGAAGGCCCUGCUCAGGGACAACGUGCCCCGCUUCAUGGAGAGCCUGGUUGUCUCAGACCAGCCUAGGGGCCCAGCCCCGAGUCUAGGCUGCUCAGCCACCCUGCUCAGGCCUGGAAUCUCCUCUGCCAUCAGGACGAGCCAUGUGAUUACCCGGCUCCUGGGGAUGCAAGGCCAACCCGAGUGUCUGCCCUCGGUGCCAUGCCCCCGGGGCCGGGAGAAGCCGUACUUCGUCACCGAGCUGUUCCGGGCAGCGGACAAGGACAAGGACAACCAGAUCUGCUUUGACGAGUUCCUGUACGUCCUGGGCCAGCUGCUGAGGGACUACCACCUGCAGUACCACCGGCAGCUGUGCGCCCACUACUGCGCCCAGCACAGCCUCUACUAGAGGGAGCGGGCAGCCCCCCAGGCCUGCCCCAGGAGCCAUGUGACCCAGCCGGGCGGCCCAGUGGAGCUCUGCCACGCGUGUCUGCGUGUGCCCGUGUGUGUGCACGCCUGUGCAUGGAUGUGGAAGGACACCAGGGAGGGAAGAGAAUAAAGCAACUUCACAGCA